AUGAAGUUAUCAUGGCUGAUAGGAUUGUUUACGUUUGUGCCUACAUACGGCCUGUCACCAGCUGACAAAAUUAGAAGCAAAUUUUAUGUAACAGAAUGGCAACAAUGGGAGCACGUAAAUAAUUUCGGCUGGCGUACGUCAGGCGUCGCCGACAUAGAACUAGCUAAAGCGUUUGUAAAGUUUAACGGUGAGAUACAAAAGACACCGCGACCACCGGCCCCGGCACUGCGCAGCUCGUGGUGGCAGCAGCCGCAGCUACAGAUACAGCGUAUAGAAGGGAUGUACAGAACGUUCCUGCAGUAUAUGAGAAGGCGGGCGGAGCCGAGCGCCGGGUCGACUAGCUCGGCAGAGUGCUUGACUUUAAUAAGGAAUGUACUUACUAAUCGAACGAGAGCACCCAUGUCGGAAGUAAUAUCGAAGCUUCAAGGGUCGGUGUUGAAGACAUACCAGAAUAUUUUGCAGGCGCAGCAUCUGUACUUCAAUCGGUCGCAACUGUGCGAAAUGCAGGUGUCACCUCACCAGCUCAUCUACGACGUGUACAAUACUGUAGCGGUGGCGGAGGUCAAAGCCUACGCCAUGAUGCAGUUCUCAUGGAUGCUGAAGAUGAUCUUCGAAACAGGCGACGUAACGGCAGUGGCGCUUAAGGCGAGAGGAGACUUUGUACGAGGUACAAAUAUGACAGCAAACGAGACCAGAAUCGCUUUAUCUCAUGCCAAAAGCGACUUGUACCGUUGUGACCCAAUCCGACAUACACAAGGUGAAUCCUACGACGAGGUAACCCGUCUACUGCAAGGCUAUAUAGAGAACGAGGUGGACAUGACUAAGGAUAAUUCAUGUGCUGAAAAGUGCUCCUACUACAGCGUGGCCAAGAACUACGGCUGCUUUCAAGAUAAAUUCUGCGCCCGACAAUCUAGCUGCAAGGGCAACAUUAUUGAUUGUCAUUUCGUUGAGUCGGACAUGACAGUGUGUACCUCGAACUACCGAAGCAAUCGUCGUUAUGAAUGGGUUAAAUAUGUCAACGGACACACGCUUGGGAAGGAAACCAACUGCUCCGUUGAGAACGGCAAAUCGUACAGGGUGCAAUCGUGGUGGCGCUGGUUAGUCUGGCACUGUUCCUACUGCAUGUGCUUGUGUGACGACCCUGCAGAUUCCGACCGCUACUUCAGUCUCAGAGAAGCCACCUCCGAUAUACAGUCAAACAAGGUUGUAACUGGUGUGCGUAUUAUAAAACGCGGCAGGAUGUUUCACCUUCAAAUCAGUCAGGCUACCCUAUUCAAAGAAGGUUUAGUCAGCCAGGGGAACUGGGUACUCAAUAAAAUCUUUUCUAACACCGACCGAAAUGUAGAAGAGGGUAUUGAUUACCACACUUUGAAUUAUAGGAGUAGGGCGAUCGAUUUAGACGACCUCGUCGCGCCGGAUGGAUACGUUUUAUUAAUGUAUAGAUUCCGUUUGCUGGGCGCCCAUUUGAACUUCAACAUACGAGCGACAAAAUUUGACUAUAAAUCUGGCCGCUUGUCGAUUGAUAGUAGCACAUGGCUUAGCAACGACAACACGGAGAUAAGCGCAAAUCCUAGGAGCCGUUUGGAACUAUCUCGUCCAUCCCUGCCGACACUGAGCACCGCUGCAAUUCCAGUGAACUCUAGACACGAUCAGUUCAUGGAAUUCACGCAUAGCAGCUUCGAGGCUGACGCUGCUCAGACCACCGUGCCAUUCAUCGACAUACAACCAAUACAAGUGUAUCGCCGCGGCGCGCUGCUGAGCGGCGCGGGCGUGAUGCACCGCGCGGAGCCCGGAUCCGGUGGCUUCCUCGCACUCAAACUCUUCACCUACAACUACACCAACCACGUGCACGCAGACUCCACUGUUUAUCACCACUACGACAAACUCACCGGCACCUACACUCACAUUAGAUUCUAGUAUUCACGAAGCGCAUUUUGUGAAGUAAAUAUAAGGUUCCUUUUUUAACGCAUAGUCAUAU